CCGUUAAUUGUAUGGUAUUAAAUCCUAACAAAAUUUCCGGCUUCCAGUGUAGAUUUAGACAGUUCAGACUUGCCAUUCAAAAAAUCGCUUCGACCAGUUUUGCAAGUUCUCAGUCUUGGCCACUCUUUAGUUGCCUUUGUCAACGGAGAAUAUGUUGGAACCGCGCAUGGAGUAAAGAGAGAAUACAACUUCCCAUUCUCAGUAGCCAUAAGAUUAAAGGAAGGAUUGAACAAUAUUUCAAUUUUGGGCUGCACAGUUGGAUUACCGGAUAGUGGAAGCUAUAUGGAACGUAGGUUUACAGGGAUAAGAUCAGUGGAGAUCUUAGGUCUCGGUACCGGAAACCUUGAUAUCUCUUACAAUGGCUGGCAACACACGGUUGGUUUGCAAGGCGAGAAGCUCAAGUACUUCACAGAGGAAGGAUUAACGACGGCUAAAUGGUCCCCUGCAUCAGGGGCUGGCGAACCCCUUACUUGGUAUAAGGCAUACUUUGAUGAACCGGAGGGAGAUGAACCAUUAGCUAUUAGAAUGGAGAACAUGACCAAAGGUAUCAUUUGGGUAAACGGCCAAAGCAUUGGACGUUACUGGUCAUCCUACCUAUCCGUCUUGGAAAAACCUUCUCAAAAGGAGUACCACAUCCCAAGAUCGUUUGUGAAGCCAAAGGACAACUUGUUGGUGAUAUUCGACGAGGCGGGAGGGAACAUAAACACCGUACAAAUAGAAACAGUGAAUAGGGACAGUGUUUGCAGCAUCAUAAACGAAGAUUGGCCUGCUGAUGUUUGGUCAUGGAAGAGGAAUACUGGUAACAACCAAAUUGUGCCUGUUGCUGAAGGGGAUAACCCUCAACUUAAGGCAUCCCUUAAGUGCCCUAAGGACAAAGUUAUCAACCGCGUUGAGUUUGCUAGUUUUGGCAACCCAAUUGGUGUUUGUGGAUACUUCCUUCUUGGCAACUGCAACUCUCCCAAUACUGUCAAAAUCGUUGAACAGAAUUGUUUAGGAAAAGAGAGUUGCACAAUACCAGUGAAUGGGUUCGACAAGGAUCCUUGCCCAAAUGUAGCAAAGAAGACCUUGGCCGUGCAAGUGAGAUGUGGUCGCAAAGGAUAGAAGCUUUCAUUUGGUUUUUAUAUAUGCGGUCUUCUAUUUGAAUGUCAUUGUAUUUAUUACGUGUUUAACAAAACUAACAUAGGUCGUGAAAUGAAAACUUGAAAAAAAAGUAGAAUUACUUUGUACGUAUAUAGUAGAAGUUAGUAACUUUGUCUGACAUUUAUUUUAUUUGGUUAACACUACGAGAAA